GCGCAACUCUCGGAAAUUUUUGAAGCCUAAAAUAGAGUGCGCAUGCGCGAGGUCAGCGAGUAUCUCUCUUUCGCUUCCUCUUUCUUUGUUUACAUUCUGUCUCGUUCGCUCUUUCAGUAUUUGGUCAUAAACAUUUUUGGCGGUUAGAAGUUAUUAAAGUGAUAAGGUGAUAUAUUAAAGUGAUAAAGUGAUCCAGAAUAGUGUUAUAUAGUGAAAGUAAAGUGCAAAAAAAAUUAUAAAGAAAUAGUGAAAUUUGAUUGAAGCAUUAUCCUAAGAGAAAAUAGUUAACCUAUAUAAAUAUUUAUAUAGAUUUUCUAUUUUUUUAUAGGAAACUGCACUUUGAUCUUGGCUUUUUGUUUCAGAUAUUCCUGUUAUUGGCGUUUAAUUUUGGUGACAAACUGAAAAAUGAAUAAAAAAGGAAAACAGUGGUGUGCUGUGCCGAAAUGUAUGAGUACUGUCGCUGUGGAAAAACGACACUUCUUUAGAUUUCCAAAGGAACAUGACAGAUGGCUGCAAUGGAUUAAAGCAACCAAUAGACUAGAUUUGGAACAGAAAGGUCCAAAUUAUGCUUACAACAAUUGUACAAUAUGUCAUCUGCAUUUUGAGGAAAAAUGGUUUAUAAAAAAGACCACACUCCGUUUACAUCCAGAUGCUGUACCAACCAUAUUUUUUUAAAAUCCGUUAGCAGGAGGAGCACAGCAAGCAGAAGUAGCAACAGAAGAAGAUAUGCAAGCUGAAGCAGGACACAUACAAGUAGAAGUAGAAGCAGAAAUGGAACCACAAGCUGAAGCAGAUAAAUUCCAAGCAGUAGUUGAACAAAUACAUCAAAAUGUAUGUAUGAAAAUAGAGCCUAAACCAAUAAGAGAAGAGAACCAACAGGAAGAGAAUGGAAAUAGAGCACGUCCAGCAGUAAAGAAAUGGAAUCCACGAAAAGAGGAAUUACAUUCAAGUCCACGAAAGAAGAGACUACAAUCAAGAAUUUUAAAAUUAAGAAAAGAAAACAAGAAAUUACAACAAACCGUUCGACGCCUGAGAAAAAAAUUGAAGCAACAGAAGUUGGUUACAUCGGCAGAAGAAAAUGAUAUUACAAACAUUCGACAAUUAGGCAAGACAGCAAACAAUGGAUGAAAAUGGCUCCUAAGUUAUCCAAGCAUCAUAUAGAACCGAAUAAUUUUCACAAAAUGGAGGUGAAAUUUGCUGCCCAAAUAUUCAGUAAUCGAGUGGCUGCUGGCAUGUGCACACAAAUGUCUUGCGGUUUGCUUUCGAGUGAAGCUGUUGGCACGAUAGAUUUAAUUGAUCAUUUCGACAAAUUGUUUGAUAUUUUAAAUUCCUCAAGUGUACAUAAUCCAAAAGAAUAUGGUAAAGUUUUCACUGGAAGUGAGAAACAAAUACAAUUUUUAGACGAAAUGUUAUGUUUCAUAAAACAUAUUAAUGUUGUUAACACCAACGGUGUGCGCGUGAAAGUUAAAUGCUUUCAAUCCUGGCAGAUCACAAUUAGAAGCAUAAUGCAAUUAUGGGAUAGAUUAAAAUCUUACAAUUUUCCUUUUCUUCAAACACGUCGAAUAAAUCAAGAUUGCUUAGAAAAUUUCUUUGGUACUGUAAGGCAACAAGGUGGUAAUUGUUUGAAUCCAACGGCUAUACAGUUUCAGCGUGCUUUUAAAAAACUUUUUAGUGUGAAAUUUUUACAAUACUCAGAUGCACAGAAUUGUAGCGAAGAUAAAGAUGAAAUGUUAAAUGUUAUUAGUAGUAGAACACCAUAUUUUACUGAAUGUAUAGAAAUUAUGUCAUCUCCGCCGCUCAAAAUUUUAGAUAUCCCAAAUCAUGAUUACUAUGCUAUGGAUCUGUCAGAGGAAAAUGCAUUUAAAUAUAUAUGCGGAUAUUUAAUCAAGAAAUGUACCGAAAAUCAUUCAUGUCAUGCAUGUAUAGAAUAUGUAAAUGAAAAUAAGACUGUAUUAGAUGAUACUACUUUAUAUUGUUCUUUUAGAAGUUAUGUUAAUGAACAGGACAAUCAAUUUGGAAAUUUGCACGUACCAAAUAAUAAUUUUUGUUCUUAUAUACAUAAAUUGGAAAAAAUCUUUGUAACAAAUUUUGAAAAUAAUUGUUUUAAAAAAAAUAUUGGCGGCUAUUUAUAUCAACUUACACAAACUGUCGUUUUUGAACCGCCAUGUCCAGCUUUUCCUGUAGAUUUUUUGAUAAAACUGUUUCUACGUAUGCGUAUUUAUUAUACAUUAUCUGACCAUAAUAAAUCUUGUAAAAGUGUAAGUAAAAAGAAUAUAAAACUUGUAAAUAUUUUACAUCUAUAAUUUUUAUUCUAAUUUCAUUAUUUUUAUAUAUUCACAGUCUUAUUUUUAUAAUAUGCUUAUGUGUGUUAACUAUUUCUUGCAUUUUUGCUUUGCAUUACAUAUUUAUAUUAGAUAAAUGCAUGCGUUUCUUUCUUUUUUUCUCUAUCUAUUAUUCAUACUGAGGUGGACCGAGUAGCUGAGGUAUGAACAAUUGAUAGAGGUGAAAAAGGAGUUUAAAGUUUAUUUUAUUGCAUGUUGUAUGCUGCGAUAUACGUAUAAUAUAUGAUAUAGUUUAUUAAAUAUGUAUAUUUAUAUAAUUAUAUAAUUGUUGGUAAUCUCAAAU